CGAGAUGAUUCACAACCUUAUCCAUCUGGGUAUCAACGUUAUUGCAGAUGGCAAUCGCAAGAAAUCGUACACCGUGCCGAGAAAGGAGCGCAUCAACGAACACACCUACCAAAUGUCCCGCUGGACACCCGUCAUCAAGGACAUCAUGGAGGACGCGAUCGACAACAAGCUGGACGAGCGUCAUUUCCCUUCCUCGGUGGCAGAAAGAUGGCCGGCUUCCAUGCGCCAACCAGUAGUGCACGCUACGGCCAUUGGCACAAGGACAAAUCGCAAACGGCGGUUAAGAACGUACCGCGCCUAAUUAUGUUUGUGGUCGGAGGCUGCAGCU